AAAACAAACAAAGGCAGCCAGGGUUUUAGCUCUGGGAAUAAAAUUUUUUUAUGGAUAUUUGAUUGUAUAUUAUUAAUGCAAAAUAUUAUGAAAGUUUUCUUCAAGUCUGUCUUGUUCCCUCCUGUUUCAAUCACAAAAUCAACACUCUUUCACUGCUGCUUCUACUUCCUCUUCCUCUUCCUCUUCUCCUCAAACAGACACCUGCCUUUAACUUCAUCACUUAUCUGCUCAAAGCUCUGAAAGACGCGAUGAUGAAUGUCAUCUUUCAUGAUGAAAAACCGGAGCAACUUUCACAACCACUUUCUCCAGCAAUUGCCUCUUCUUCCUCUUCUUGUCCAUUGAAGCAUCAGGUUUUCUUGAGCUUCAGAGGUGAAGACACACGCCUUAAUUUCACUGCUCAUCUACUCAAAGCUUUGAAAGACACGGGAAUGAAUAUUUUCUUCGAUGAAGAAACCCUAGAAAAAGGGGAUCAACUCUCACAAGCACUUUCUCUAGCAAUUGCACCCUCAAAUCUCUCAAUAAUUGUGUUGUCGGUAAACUAUGCUUCUUCGAAAUCAUGCCUGGCUGAACUCUCUGACAUCAUGCGCCGCAGGGACACUCAAGGACAUAUUGUUCUUCCCAUAUUUUACCAUGUUGAUCCUUCUCAUGUGCGGAAUCUUGGUGGUAGUUUCAAAACAUCCUUCAUUGACCAUGAAUCAAAUAGGCUACAUCAAGUACAACGAUGGAAAACUGCCUUCGCUGAAGUCGGUAAAUUAAAAGGAUGGCAUAUAGAAGGAGGCAAAUUCGACAGACCUGAAACUGAGUACAUCAAGGAUAUUGUUGAAUAUGUUAUAAAGAAGUUGAUGAGUAGCAAGUUUAGAAGUGCUUCUGCAGAGUUGGUUGGAAUAGAUGAUCAGAAAAAGACGAUUUUGAGGCUAAUUGAGCAGGAAGACAGUCGUCUAAUAGGACUCUGGGGACAAGGUGGUAUAGGCAAAACUACCCUCUCCGAUGUUAUAUAUAAGGAAAUCUCUCACACGUUUGAAGAAAAAUGCUUCCUUCUAAAUGUUAGAGAGAAAUUUAAAAAACAGGGGAUGGAGUCUUUACGAAACGAACUUCUUUCCAAACUCUUAAACCAAGCUAUCGAACAAGUUUGUAGACUAUGCCCAAGGAAGUCCGCUUGCUCUUAGAGUUUUGGGUUCUAAACUAUAUAAAAAGUCUACAAAAGAGUGGGAAAGUGAAGUGGAUAAACUAAAGGAAUAUGCCCAGCCAAAAAUUUCACAGAUUUUGAGGAGUAGUUUUGAUGAGUUGGAUGAACUAGAGAAGAAUAUAUUCCUUGAUAUUGCAAUCUUCUUUAAAGGAAAACUCAAAAAAGAUCUAGAAAAAAUUCUAAGUUGUUAUAAGGGUGUUGUGUCUGGAAUAAGUAACUUGAUUGACAAGUGCCUGCUUGAUAGCAAAUAUAAAGAUGAACGGAUUUUUAUGCAUUAUAUGCUUGAAGAGAUGGGCAAGGACAUUGUUCGCAAAGAAUCUAUAGACCCGGGAAAGCGUAGUAGGUUAUGGAAUGCUAAAGACGUAUAUCAAGUGCUCAGAUAUAAUAAGGGGAUUAAUCUAAUUCAAGGAAUAAAGUUAGACAUGUCUCAAAUUGAUAACCUACGAAUGCAUCAUUCUAUCUUUGAGGGCAUGAUUAAUCUUAGAGUUAUCUACUUCUUCACUCCUGGGUUUUUUUGGGAUGCGUGUCUGGCAAAGAAGCUUUUUGCAGACCAAGUUGAUUGUGCAUCUCUCCCUGAUGAGCUAAGGUAUCUUUAUUGGGAUUAUUAUCCCUUCAAAUCUCUAUCAGGUUUUAAUCCAAAGAAUCUUGUUGUGCUGAAAUUAUUACAUGGCGAUAUAGAACAUCUUUGGAAUGAUGAUGAUGAUCAGAGUCUUGUCAAUUUAAGGGAAAUUGACGUUGCUCAUUGCAAGAAAUUAAGGAAGAUUCCUAGUCUAUUAGGUGCAAUCAACCUUGAAAUCCUUGAUUGUAGCGGGUGUGAAAGUUUGGUUGAACUUCCUGGCCUCAAUCAUUUGGCAUCACUUAAAAAACUUGGACUUAAAGGAUGUCAUAAUCUCAAGACGUUUCCCGAGGUCCCAAAACACUUUUCUUGUUUAGAAUUAGAUAGAACCAAAAUAGAAGAAGUGCCUGAUUCAAUUGAGCAUCUCGGUGGACUUAAUAAGUUGUGCUUGAAAAACUCAAAGGUCAAUAUUGUAUCAAGCAAUAUUUUAAAGUUGGAAUCACUUUGUGAUAUGGAUCUUAGUCAUUGUCCAAUGGUUGAAUUCCCAGAACUCCCAAGAAGCUUGACAAAUUUAAACUUAUCUGGAACUCAAAUUGAAGAGGUGUGCUUGUCUCUCGACACUCCAAGUAAUCUUCAGACGUUAGAUAUGAGUGGCUCAGGGGUAAAAUAUGUAUCGAUCAAGAUGGAAUCCCUUCGUCAUCUGAAUCUUAGUCAUUGCCCAAUGAUCGAAUUCCUAGAAACCCCAAAAAGCUUACGACUACUAAAUUUAUCUGGGACUCAAAUUAAAGAAGCGACUUUUUCUUUAGACUCUCUAAAUAAUCUUUGGAAGUUAAAGAUGAGCAGCUCAAGUAUUCAACAGCUACAAUGCAAUAUCAACCUGUUCGGUUCAAGAGAGAUUCCAACAGUUGAUGUGUCCUCACCAAUCUUAAUGUCUAAAAGCAUUUAUGGUUUGGAAAUGGAUCAUUGCAAGAGUCUUAAAUUGCUCUCAGAGCUUCCACCAUAUAUUCAGGACUUGGAUGCACAUGGCUGUACAUCAUUAGAAAAAGUAUCAUUUGCAGAUCAAAAGUCUUAUCAACUCGAUCAUUUAGAUGAUGAUGAUGAUGAUGAUGAUGUCAUUUGGUUUUACAUGUUGUUCUGUAAUUGCUUCAGCUUGAGUCAAGAUUCAAUUGAUAACAUUGAGGCAAAUGCCAUGCUCAAAAUUGGAUACCUAGCGGAGAAACUGAAAUUGACAUGGGAGAAUCCUAUAUGUCAACAUAGAUUAUUUUGUUGUUUUCCGGGAGACAAAAUUUCUACAAAUAAGUUUGAGUAUCAAAGCAUGAGUUCAUUAGUUUUGAAGCUAGCGCCAAAUGGGUCCAGUGGGAACAGAUUCUUGGUCUUUUCCAUCUGCCUUGUGGCCGAUCUCACGCACAGCCACCACCAUGAAUUUCUUAAAUUUACCUGUAAAUACCAAUUGACAACCGCCGGUGUUGGUGGUUAUAAAAAGUUCACAAGUGAGUGGAUUUCCUUUAUAGAGGCUGGGACGGAGUGGAAGUAUAUGGGUGAUCAUGUGCUGAUUCUGUUUAGUGAGGAUAUGGUUAAAAAGGACAAGGAUUAUGAGGAGGCUUCAUUUGAAUUCUACAUUGAAAAUCCCAAUAUAAAGGUGAAGAAAUGUGGUGUUCAAGUAUCUUAUGUGGAUGAAGAACCCAGCACCACCCCCACAACAUGAAAGUCCUAGGAACACUUGAGCAUUAAACCUAAUUCUUCAGUUGCAUAAGGAACGAAGAUGACAGAACAGAGACAAUAGGGAAAGACAAAUCUUUAGAGCUUUAAUAAUGCCACUGCUGAAUUGGAGUUUUAGCCAUCGAAGGAGGAAGAAGUAAGCUGUGUUUGAGCGUUGUGCUGUGGAGAUACUUAAGAUUCGUACUGACUAGUCGUGGUUCGGUUUUAAUUCAUGGGGAAUUAAUGGUACAGCUUUGGAAAGGCCAUUAUAGCUGGAGCUUUAACUAUACAAAGAGGAGGAACAAAGAUAGUGCUGUUGAAUAUUGCAGUGAAAAUUUCAAUUAUGGAGUUUGGAGAUUUGAAUGCAUUAGCAAAAGGAGUUGAGGGGUUUCAAGUUAAGAGUUCAUAAAAAAAGCAUCCAGAUUUGGUGCUCAAUUCAUGUCAUAGGCUUCAAAAUGAUAGUUGAGCGUUAAUUAUAUGGUAUCUCCAUACUCACUGUAUUUUUCUUCAA